AUGUGUGUGCGGCAGGAGCCGGUCGGGCAGCGGUGCGGGAAGAACGCGAGGCUCCAAGAGCCGGGCAGGGGCGGUUCCCCGAGACCCCUGGCCCGGUCCGCGCAGGCCGCCGCGCCCCCGGGGAGCCCGGAGCCGGCGCCGAGGCGGGGCCGGGAGCGGGAGCGGGAGGACGAGAGCGAGGACGAGAGCGACAUCCUGGAGGAGAGCCCGUGCGGCCGCUGGCAGAAGCGGCGGGAGCAGGUGAACCAGGGGAACAUGCCAGGGGUCCAGAGCACCUUCCUGGCCAUGGACACGGAGGAGGGGGUGGAGGUGGUUUGGAAUGAGUUGCACUUCGGCGACAGGAAGGCCUUUGCCGCGCACGAGGAGAAGAUCCAGACCAUGUUUGAGCAGCUGGCCCUAGUGGACCACCCUAACAUCGUCAAGCUGCACAAGUACUGGCUGGAUGCCUCUGAGGCCCAUGCGCGGGUCAUCUUCAUCACAGAGUAUGUGUCCUCGGGCAGCCUCAAGCAAUUCCUCAAAAAGACCAAGAAGAACCACAAAGCCAUGAACGCCCGGGCCUGGAAGCGCUGGUGCACGCAGAUCCUGUCCGCGCUCAGCUUUCUGCAUGCCUGCAGUCCCCCCAUCAUCCACGGGAACCUGACCAGUGAUACCAUCUUCAUACAGCACAACGGCCUCAUCAAGAUCGGCUCUGUGUGGCACCGCAUCUUCUCCAAUGCACUUCCGGACGAUCUUCGAAGCCCCAUCCGCGCGGAGCGCGAGGAACCGCGGAACCUGCACUUCUUCCCGCCAGAGUACGGCGAGGUUGCUGAUGGCACUGCUGUGGACAUCUUUUCCUUUGGGAUGUGUGCACUGGAGAUGGCUGUGCUGGAGAUCCAAGCCAACGGGGACACCCGGGUCACAGAGGAGGCCAUUGCUCGGGCCAGGCACUCGCUAAGUGACCCCAACAUGCGGGAGUUCAUCCUCUCCUGCCUGGCCCGGGACCCCGCCCGCCGGCCCUCUGCUCACAACCUUCUGUUCCACCGCGUGCUCUUCGAAGUGCACUCACUGAAGCUCCUGGCAGCUCACUGCUUCAUCCAGCACCAGUACCUCAUGCCUGAGAAUGUGGUGGAGGAAAAGACCAAAGCGUUGGACUUGCAGGCAGUCCUGGCAGAGAUCCCCCGGCCCCCGCGGCAGUGGCGGUACUCAGAGGUCUCCUGCUUGGAGCUGGACAAAUUCCUGGAGGAUGUCAGGAAUGGGAUCUACCCUCUGAUGAACUUUGCUGCUGCUCGGCCCCUGGGGCUGCCCCGUGUGCUGGCCCCACUCCCCGAGGAGGCCCAGAAGGCCAAGACCCCAACACCAGAACCCUUUGACUCAGAGACCAGAAAGGUGAUCCAGAUGCAGUGUAACCUGGAGAGAAGCGAGGACAAGGCGCCCUGGCAUCUCACUCUGCUUCUGGUGAUGGAGGACCGGCUGCACCGGCAGCUCACUUACGACCUGCUCCCAACCGACAGCGCCCAGGACCUCGCCGCGGAGCUCGUGCACUACGGCUUCGUCCAUGAGGACGACCGGACGAAGCUGGCCGCCUUCCUGGAGAGCACCUUCCUCAAGUACCGCGGAGCUCAGCCUUGACCGCACCCCAGCCCCUGGAGACCAGCCGUGCCUGCCCACAGGGGGAAGCUCAGCAUUGGCCCGGGGUGGGAGAACCAGGGGCCGCCUUCUGCCUGCAUGCCUAGGGGCUAAUGACCAGAGGCCUGCUAGUGAGGAACCUCUGCUUCCACAGCUUCGGAGGAGCCCUGGGGUGGGGGUGGGGGGAGUGGUUAUGCCCUAUGUCCUUAGGAUCAGGAUUCCCCCACCCAGCCUGCUUCCACAACUCAGCAUCCCUUCCCAUAUCCUCCAUUUCCUGGCCAAGAGUCCCCCCUGCCUACCCCCCCAAGCUAUCUGGUCAGUGACUGAGCCCUCAGCAUGGGGGAGGCGGCCUGGCAGGGAGCCACGGUGCUGGGACAUGGGAGUCAGCCCAGGACAGAUGUCUGCCCAGGGAAAUGCUCCAUCCUGGGUUGGUACCACAGAUCCACACAAGGAACCCCCACCUCAUGCCAGUGGUGAAGCAUCUGCAGGUGUCAGGCAUGGCGCUGGGUGCUGGGCAGGCCCCUGACCUGGCGGGAGAAGCAGGCAGCAGAGACAAGAGUCCAAGAAGCUCAAGUUCCCAGCUCCAUGUGGCUCUUUCACCCCACCCUCCAUCCAAUGCAGACCUGCUCUGGAGCCCCUCUCUGACUUUCUGCUGCUCUGAGACCAGGACCUGCUGCCUCCUCUGCAGACACUCUUCUGGCCCCUGCCACCCCCUCCAAAGGGCUAUGUUCUCUCCUGCAUCCCCUGGGCUGGAGAGGUCGGGGUCAGGUGUCCACCCUGCUCCUCACUGCGCCUCCUCUCAAACUCACCACCUCCCGCAUCCCCUCCCUCACCUCCCCGUGGCAGCU